AUGGAGAAGAGUAUGAAGCUUUCCGCUGGCGAGCUUGACGCGACAGUUAUGGAGGAGGCAAGUACACCAACCAAAGCUCCCAAGUUCCUAGGCCUACAAAAACUCGGGAAACUCCUCGGCGUCGAGGUCCAGGGAAAUGACCCGAUUGUUCCUAAAGAGAAGAAGGACCGGCGCUAUUUCAAAUUGUUCACCUUGUGGUUUUCAAUGAACUUCAACCUCCUCGCCAUCUCAACCGGCAUGUCAGGAACUUUGGGCUUUGGGCUUAGUCUGCGCGACUGUUCACUCGUCAUAUUAUUCUUUGCUCUGCUUAUUUCCCUCGCAGCGCCAUAUCUUUCCCUGUUUGGAGUCAAACUAGGCCUCCGACAGAUGAUCCAAGCCCGUUUUUCAUUUGGUAAAUAUGGCGUCGCGAUCCCGCUCAUACUCAAUAUGGCCACUCUGUUCGGAUAUGCCAUUCUCGGUAGCAUCCUGGGAGGCCAGGCCUUAUCCGCAAUCAACCCAGAAGGACUCUCAGUGAAUGUAGGGAUUGUUAUCCUUGCAAUUAUCGACCUUAUUCUCAUUUUCUUCGGGUCGCGGUUGAUCCACCAGUUCGAUAUAUAUGCCUGGUUCCCAACCCUUGUUGCUAUCCUUGUCGCGGUCGGAUGCAGUGGGAAACAUUUACACAAUCAAUCUGUGACUGAACCAGCGACAGCUAGCAGUGUGCUAAGUUUCGCCUCUCUCAUUGCCGGGUUCUUUCUUCCCUGGUCAGCUAUUGCAAGCGACUUUACCACUUACUUUGACUCUUCUUCUAAAACACGUGCUUUUACACCCUCAUAUAUCGGCCUUGUGGUUGGCGGUGUCCCCUUAAUGAUCCUGGGAGCCGCUAUCGGAGGCGCGGUUCCUAAUGUGCCGGCCUGGGAAGAAGGGUAUAAUAGUACAAGUGUCGGCGGUGUCUUGGCCGCUAUGCUUCAACCGGUUGGAGGGUUUGGCAAAUUCCUUCUAGUUCUUCUUGCGUUGAGUGUUCUAGCCAAUAUAGUUGGCUCCGUCUAUGCACUCACGCUGAAUUUCCAAGCCCUAUUUUGGCUUUUGCGCAUCCGUCUCCCUCGGCUAGUCUACACGAUCGUGGCUACUGCUGUUAUUAUCCCUGUUGCUAUCAAGGUAGCUGCCGAGUUCCUAUCAUCGCUCAGCAAUUUCCUUGGGAUCAUCGGCUACUGGCCAGCUUGCUUCGUCGCCGUUAUUCUUGUUGAGCACUUCAUAUUUCGCAAAGGCCAGUAUAAGAACUAUAACAUUGAGCAAUGGGACAAGGGAAAGGAACUCCCGCUCGGUGUGGCUGCUCUGGCCGCUUCAAUUUGCAGCUUUGGAUUAGUGGUGCCAGGAAUGUCGCAAAUAUGGUUUACGGGGCCUCUUGCCGUCUACACGGGGGAUAUCGGGUUUGAGACAGCGUUUGUUGUCACGGCCAUCUGCUAUGUUCCAUUCAGAUAUAUCGAAAAGAAGCUAACCGGGCGUUGA